UCUGAUAAUUGAUUGUUUCUAUCCAUUUCUGCCAUGACAAAGAAAGCGAAAACGAAAUUUGCAGUGAGAUCUAAGGCUGUAGGGAGUCUAAGCUUGAUAAGCAAUUAAGGGGAGCAAAUAGUAAUGAAAAUAGUUUUCCUCUCCCAGAAGUGUAAUCACUAAUCACUAGUCGGAGAGAGAAAGAAUCAGAGAAUCCCAGAGAGAGAGAGAGAGAGAGAGACCCAAAUCGUUCAAGAUUUGAAGGUUGGAACAUCACACUCGAAACUACUCAAAACAUCUCACUCUGGGAUGUUUUAUCAUCGCUAGCCAGAGGGAGAAGAAGAAAAAAAAAAGGGCCUUUUUUAUGUUUCUUGAAAAAGGUAAUCAAAUGGGCGAAGGGAACAUCGUCUCACAUUCUUGUUCAAGCCGAGAGCCUGCAAAUGCAAGCGAUUCAACCGCCGACAGCAAUAGCAGCAACGUCAGCCGCGGCUCGCAGGUUAUAUUGAACGUCUAUGACCUUACUCCCAUCAAUCACUAUACCAUUUGGUUUGGGUUUGGCAUCUUCCAUUCUGGGAUUGAAGUCCAUGGAAUGGAAUAUGGUUUUGGAGCGCAUGACUUUCCUAUAAGCGGGGUGUUUGAAGUGGAGCCUAAGAGCUGCCCAGGUUUUAGCUACAGAUGUUCGAUCCCGCUGGGUCAGAUUAACCUACCUCCAUAUGAAUUCCGAACUUUUAUCGAAAAUGUGGCUUCUGAAUACCACGGGGACACCUACCACCUCAUCUCCAAGAACUGCAACCAUUUCACAGAUGAUAUGGCUAGGAGACUGACUAGGAAGGGGAUUCCCGGGUGGGUGAAUCGACUUGCCAGACUUGGUGCUUUCUGCAGCUGUCUUCUUCCCGAAUACCUUCAAGUAACGAGUGUUAAACAGCUUCCUGAAUACCAUAUUUGUGCAGAAGAAGAUGGGAGUGGGUCGCUCUCUACUGUAACACCCCAGGAACCCAAUGAAAGCGAGGAUGGCGAUCCAGAUAAGCACCUGCUAUCACCUCCCCGUGGCAGCGGGGAAGUGUGCUUUAUAAGGGAGAUAUCCAAGUGAGACAUUAUUUAUUCGAAAUCCGUUCGUGAUUGGCUUGAAUCGUUCAACAACUUUCUUCUGCAAGUGGCAAAAUUGUGAUCAAUGGCAGUAGAGUAGAGGAGCAUUAUUUGGUGUAGACAGUAGAGAGCACAUUGUAUCAUGAGCCUUGUGGCCCCCACAAGUAAUGGUUUCUUCAUAUUCUCUUGAGGUGUAUUUUCAGUGGGGCUUUUCAAGUGAUUGCUUAAUCAUUGCAACUUCCAUUGCUUUCAAAGCAAACAUUAUGCUUGUAAUUCACUGUUCAGAACAGCCAAUUCAAUUGUUCAUCCAGGGCUUUUGAAGAUA